ACUUUCCACCCUACACUGCUGCUGCUAACCCACUGCACCUCCGAUCUUCUCCCGCAUCAACUUCAAACUCUAACCCAGUUUAAGUAAUUGAUGGAGUGGAGGAAGGAGACUUUCACUCGGUAGAGGAGCAGCUGUCAGCCACAGAGUUGCAAUAAAGACAACCGCCCCAGGGGAUAGAAGCAGACGGAGAGCAGCAGGAGACAGGCGAAGGCGAGAAAUAAAAGGAGAAGACUGCUUGAGGUGACCAAGUGGCGAUGGAAGCGCUCGGCAUGCGUGAUUAUCAGCAUUAGGCAGUACCGCUUCUGAAGAGCGCUCGCUUUGUGAAUGUGGAUUUACAAAGUGACCAGAAACUGACCGCCCUUUUCUAGCUGUUUUGUUUUAACUUGACGGAUUAUCACCAGAACCAUGAACGUGUCGCCACCAGACCGGAGGAAAAACGUGCGAGAGCUGGCUUUGGAGAUUGGCAUCCGGGUGCUGCUUUUCGGAGUUUUUGUGGCUGAGCCUGCCGCUUGAGCCGAUGUACAUCACUGAUGUUAACCUUCGAUUUACAGAGUUUCUGGAGCCCUUUGAGAGAGUGAUUCAACCAGAGGAGCUUUGGCUCUACAAGAAUCCCCUCGUUGAGUCAGACCACAUUCCCAAGAGGGUCAUGUUCGCUAUUUCAUUUCUUGCCCCAUUGGCGGUGAUAUUUGUGGUGAAGAUCAUUCAGAGGACGGACAGGACAGAGCUGAAAGAGGCAUGCUUUGCUGUGUCCCUGGCCCUCGCAUUGAAUGGAGUCUUCACAAACACUAUCAAGUUGAUUGUUGGAAGACCCAGGCCCGAUUACUUCCACCGUUGUUUCCCGGAUGGACAGAUAAAUGCGAAGAUGCUUUGCACCGGUGAGCCCGAUAUAGUCUCCGAGGGACGCAAGAGCUUCCCCAGCAGCCAUUCCUCCUGUGAGUACCAGCUCUCAGCCGAAGUAGAUCCCCUGUCAGCACUCGUGAAACAAAUACAAAACAUAUCUGACUCAUUAAAACUGCACGCAACCUCAACUCCAGUCUUCACUCAGUUUAAAUCUCGAUGCUCUGAGUAUGGGGUUAGAUUUGUCUCAAUAAUAUUUGUGUGAACAUAAAAAUAAUU